UGUUUCGCUAUAGUUUGUCCUAAUGGCAUUACAAACAUAACAGGAACCACAAGUGGGCAUUUCGUGUAUCCAGAGUCUGGUAAUUAUGGAGCAAAUGAGACAAAAUGUUGGAGGAUUGAGGUUCCUAAACCUUACUUCGGCUACGGAAUGACAUAUCACACGUAAGAUAAGCUUAACUUUCCAUUCUAGCCAUGAAGCAUAGAAAAAUCAUAAAAAUCCGAAAGUAAUCCCCUUUGUAUUAUAUGCCCUUCACUUAUAAAAAAAGCCUCUAAAUUUCAACAGCAAUAACAAUACCAUAUGAAAAUAGACUGUCAAGAGAUCUGGGCCACGAUGUUGCGUUUAAAGUAAUCAUCAGACGGUCAAAUCAAAAGAUGAAGGUUGUCACUAAUUUCCCAGAGAGUUACAAUUCCCCCGGCCAAUUCACGAGUUAUAUCAUUCUCGUCCCAGAACCUCCUGGAGGCCUACGUAUGAGGACCAGGAGGCUCUGGGGAACUCCGGGGACACAGGAUUUGAAUUCCUAGAUUUCAGGACUUCCGGUCAUUUCUGAUUUUUUACAACGUUUCUAAUAGCAGGCACUUGCUCUUGCCCAAGUAUCAAUGACUGUAAAUUUAGGUGAUUCAAAACUUUUAAAAGAGAAUCCUCCUACUUACCUUUGAUUCGGAAAUGACCGGAAGUCCUAAAAGCUAGGACUUUCAAAUCCUCUGUCCCUAGAGCCUCCUUGUUCUCGUGCUAAGGCCCCCAGGAGGCUCUGGGGACCAGUUGGAGUUAUAUUUGAAGACAGAAAUUUAUCAGCCAAACACAAAUUUCCCUCCCAUCAUACACAUGAGAUUCCUGUAUUUAAAAACUGAGAGCCGAAGGCGCGAGUUAUCUUGCGGGUGUCUGGGGACAUGAAAUUUAUGGAGCUUUUGAAAUCACUGGAAACGCGUUUAUUUCUACCAAUACUUAGAAAAUUGUGUCCAAUUUGUAUCACCAUUCUGUCAGUUUUCUGCACAAAAACGUACACUGAUUUAAAACAUAAUUAAUAUCAAGGCCAGUUCUCAAAUAACACCACACAGCGUCAGUUCUUACCUUGUGCCUAUUUAGACUAUUUAAGACUACAACAUUGUUAAAUCUCUGCUGGGUCAUCUUUGCUCGCGGUUUUGACUCUGUGCGCCAUUGUAAAUAAUCUUUCACCCGUAGCUGCAGUGGCUUGAUCAGGAAGUGGAGGAGUAAACAAGCGAAAUUAACGGUAGGGCUAUAGCCCAGCCAGCCCCUAUGUAGCUCUAUGUUCCGCUGUCCCUGAAGUAGCUACAGUCGGGCUAGUUUCAUGUUAUCUUACUUUUCACUUUUAGCUUUGAAUUUGAAGAGUGCAGAAAUUGUGAAUGUGAUUUUGCAAUAGUUGGAGAAAGCUACGACGACCUUGUUGGUCAGCAAAAUCAGUGUGGAAGAUUCAGUCGUUCCAGUUUAGAAUAUAGCAACAAGUUACGAGGGAAAGGACCCACUCGGAGCGUAGAUUAUUCAGAUAAUAUCUUUAUACGCGUGAGAACUGAUGAUUCUGUUCACUACAAAGGAAUCAACUUCUCCUACAUCGUCAAGUCUAAUUCGACGUGUAAGUAAUAACUAAAUUACCACUGACAAUUGCUCCACUAACUUAACCAACUGAAUAAGCUGGAAACCAAGAUAUUUUUCAAAAAUCGAUAGAAAACAUGUCACUGAUUCGUGAUUUCUUGAGACACAAAAACGAGAAUUUCUGGGGAAUUUCAUAAAAUCUAACGUCUGGCUAACCGCUAAAACCAGGCGUCAGAUUAAAGUGGUACGGUUAGACAAGUUACCGAGUCGCCAAGUAAAUUCUAGGGGACUAGGCUGAGAAAGAGAUUUUAAGCAGGAAAGAUAACGCGUAAGGCGAAAGUAGUCACCCUAAAAACAGGACUUGACACUGACUAGUCCUGAGAAGGAAAUGUGCAACAGACGAAGUUACACUCAUAUCUAUAGAACUACCAACAAAAACAAGAUAACAAAGUUGUUUUUGGUAGUUGAACUUCCUGGUAAAUUUACCCCCGGCCCGCAGAUUUACUUCGCGAUUGGUGUGCAUGUCACGCCCGACCCAGAUUCCUGGUGUUCGCCCGUCCAGCCGUACUUCCUGCUGACCGUUUUGUGGUGUGAUGUCUUGAUUAGAUGGCAUUCAACUAUCUUUAAUUAAAACUACCUCCCGAGGAAUCCCGUAAAUUGAUGAAUUGUUAUAAAUGUUCUGUUAAUUGCUAACAGACUCAAUAACUGCACUCAACCUAACCCAUGGUGGGUUCCUCGUAAUGAGCAUGGUGAGAUCAGCAAAGUUAUUAAUUAAGGCCCCGUCAACACAAAUCCGGAUAAUUCUAAAUACAUUUGUUUGUUUGUUUGUUUGUUUUUUACAUGAAUCGGCCUUCUUUCUACAUGAAACCAGUGAAUCUGCUCAGCAAAACCUGAUCUUUUUGAAACCUCUCUCCAGAGGGGUUCAACGCACUGUUCACACGAAUGCCCGGAUUCUAUAAAACACUAAACAAUACCCAUAACUUCAUAUUUUUGCCCUAAUUCGCGCAGACAAGGCGAAAACCCACUCUGGAGAGCGGUUUCGAAAAGACGCGGUUUCGGUGAGCGGAUUUUGGCAAUGGUGUCAUGUGAACGAAAGACCGUCCUGCAAAACUAUCCGGAUUAAUUCGUGUGAACAUGGCCUCAAUUUCAGGAUUACGGUCUUUAUCUAUCGCUUCUCUUGUAGUUGGUGCUCAGAGCGUCUUAAAUGCAUCUGAAGAUGAGACCAUCGAGUUUAGCACCCCAAAAUUUGGCAUCAAAAACUACCCUGCAAGUUUCGCUUGGAGUUGGUUUUUAAUCGUUCCUCCAGAACACCAGGUUCAAAUCACUUUCGACCCUACAUUCGAACUGGAGCAAGCUACAAACUGCGAGAAUGACUACCUAGAAGUCCGAGAAGCCUACGCAAACGAACCAAUUACCGACCCCGCCGAUCUUAAAGGAGAAUAUGGGAUAAUUCUGUCCAAACCUGUAUGUGGCACUAAUAACCCAGGCACAAUACAGAGCGUGGGUAACAUGGUCUGGGUACACUUCAAGAGUGACAGUGACACCACUACUACUUACAGAGGAUUCAAAGCCUCCUUUAAAGCAGGUUAGUAAAUAACAUAGUAAGCUUUCAUUGCAGGCAUUUCUUUCGGUGCGUGAACGGUUCUGAAAGAGUAAACUCUAUUCUGAAUCAAAGAAUUAACUCUUUAAUUUAUCGCACUAUUAAAAUGUUUCUUGAUUAGAGAACCUGGUUCUUCCUAUUCGUUUUCUGUAUUGUUUCUUUGUUUUUUGCUAUUACCACUGUGUUUCAUUACAGCAAGUUUCUAUUUUUCAGUCAGUUAUUUACACUAUCAUUCAUUCUCUUCUUGUUUUUUCCUUAGGCCAAAUGCGAUUGUCCAUCAGACAUCCGAUGCUGCUUCUUUUCGUUUCUUCUGUGAUUGUUCUUACAUCUACGAACGCCAUAAUUUAA